CUACUACCUACUACCUACUACCUACUACCUACCGUCUUCCAAACCCACGAAACAAGUCUACCCUUGAGACAUGUCGGCGGCGGGGCCGCAGACGUCGGAAGGAAUGGAUGAAAAGAUGGUGUUGAUGGGACGGCGGAGCGGAAGGCGGUCAGGGCGACCUACCUAGCUCGAGCUGCGGCCGGCCGGCAGCGUCAUCGGGCAGCUUGCCUCGCGCGCGCGCUUCAUCUCGCUUUCGAGGGCCAGUACAGCAUCCCUUGCGAUUCCCUAUUCCUAUUCCAUGUCUCAGUCACAAUAAUGCCAGCUCCGCGUCAUGAGGCUGGCGCCAGUCACAUCGACAAGCUCGAUUAUCACCCCCCUACCAGCACCACGCGUCUGCUGCAGGGCGAGGAUCAGCUGGACAUGAGCCACACACAUGACUCCUCCGGCCGCCCCAGCCAGGCAACCUCCUACGCUGGCAGCUUCUUCGAGCACGUCGCCGAGGGCAUCUUAGAGCGCGACCGCCAGAAAAUGCGCCACCACGUCCUUCGCUAUGGCAGCUUUGUCUGCGCCGUUAUCAGCUGCCUGGCUGCUGGCUCCAUCACGGCCUAUUCGCUCUACGCGCCCUUGUUCCAGUCGCACCUCCGCUACUCGCAGUUCCAGGUCAACAUAGUCUCCAUCACCGCCGAGCUUGGCAUGUACCUGCCGGUGCCACUGUUCGGCUACAUCUGCGACCGUUACGGCCCCAGACUCUCGUCACUCCUUUCCGCCUUUCUCUUUGGACUUGGCUACCUUUUGGCCGCUUUCACUUAUCGCGCUGGGCCAAAUGGCUGGCCCUUCGGCGUCAUGGUCUUGGCUUUCGUCCCCGUUGGCAUGGGCACAAGCGCUAUGUACUUCAGCGCCUUGACAACUUGCGCCAAGAACUUCGGUCGUGGUAAUAACAAGGGCAUCGCGCUGGCAGUUCCUGUUGCGGCGUUUGGGCUAAGCGGCAUGUGGCAGAGCCAGGUCGGUAGCCGACUGCUGUACGAGCGUCGACCGGACGGCUCCCAUGGUGACGUUGAUGUCUUCAAGUAUUUCCUGUUUUUGGCUAUUUUCCUGCUGGUCGUCGGGUUAAUGGGUGCCCUGACGCUUUAUGUUGUAGACGAAGAAGAGAUGAUCGAUGAGGCCGUUGACGAACUUGAGCGCAGCGGCCUGUUGCACGAAGACGAAUUCUUCCACCGCGCCGCCCACCACCAUGGCUAUGGCACCAUGGCGCCGCAGGAUCUCUCCGAUUCUCAAUUCUCUUUCUUGCGCAAUGAGGCUCAAGAAAUGAAGCUACACGAGGAGCAAGAACGCGCAAAGAAGAACUGGCUUCUCAACGAAGAGACGCGGCGUUUCCUUACCGACAAGACCAUGUGGUGGCUCGCAGCCGGAUUCUUCCUAGUCACUGGCCCCGGCGAAGCCUUCAUCAACAACCUCGGCACCAUAAUCGGCACGCUCUACGACCCGCCCACAGCGGUCGUCGACUCCUCCCAAGCGCACACGACGCCUGCAACACACGUCUCCAUCGUCGCCAUCACCUCCACCAUCGCCCGUCUACUCGCCGGCACGCUAUCCGACUUUCUCGCUCCCGCUCCCGCCAGUCCCCGCCAAGGCCUGGACUCCCUUGCAUCCUCGAUCGAAACGCUGCCCCCGCGCAACCGCCGCUUUACGAUGUCUCGCAUGACGUUCCUGCUGGGCUUCUCGCUGCUGCUCUCACUGGGGCAGGCCUUGCUCGCCUCAGGCUUUAUCCAGCACCACGCGGAGCGCUUCUGGGUCAUCUCUGCGUUCAUUGGCGCAGGGUACGGCGCCGUGUUCUCGCUGGUGCCAAUUGUCAUUGCGGCAGUUUGGGGCGUCGAGAACUUUGGCACGAAUUGGGGCAUUGUAGCAAUGAUGCCGGCGGUGGGCGCGGCGGUGUGGGGUGUGGUUUAUAGCGCGGUUUACGACUGGGGGUCCGCUAUUGGUGAUGAUGGCAAUGAGAGCGGGAUGGGCGAUGAGGACGUGCUGUGCUAUGGUACCAAGUGCUAUGCGCCCACUUUUUGGGCUAUGGCUGUCAGCGUGUGGUUGGCGUGUGGGUUGUGGUUGUGGGCGUGGAGAGGACCUGGCGGAUGGGUGAGGAGAGGAGUUGCGGUUUGAGCGUAGUGUUGGGUGUUUGUAGGUUGGUGCGCGAUUGAUUUCGUAGAUACUCCCUCUUUUUUUUUUUUUUUCUUUAUCUUUUUUCAUACAUCUCUCACUCUCUGUGUCGAUGGUCAUCUGGGUUUCGGGAUACACAUCGGCGUCCAUCGGGUCGGGUGCAUGGCGUGGGCGUCAAGUUUUCUUCUGCAUCGAGCUUGAGUGCUGGCCAGUCACUGGACUAAGGCGGGUCUCACAUAUUCUUAGGGGUGAUUACACACCCUGGGACUGGCAUAGAAGAAGCAAAGGAAGCUUUUGCACUUGCUUGUGCGCUUUUCCACUUGUGUGGUGUUGAUGUCAUUGAUUGUGGCUUGAAUUAAAUACCAUGCUCCUUCACUUUCUUCAGUUUUAUAUGCGUACACAUGCACACCAAAGCAACACCCAUACGCCGUGUGCAAUUUAGCCAGCUUUUCACCCUUACGCUCAACCUAGAUUUACCACUAGCGAGAUAGGGAACGAU